AUGGCAGAGGCAGAGCAGAGGGAAGAGAGCGGACAUCCUUGUCUUGUACCUUUCUUGUUCCUGUGGAAACGCUUCCAGUCUUUCACCAUUGAGUAUGAAGUCAACUGUGGACUUUUCAUAUUUGGCUUCUAUAUUGUUCAGAAAAUUGGAGUCCACUUUCCUUCCCAGCCCAGUGCAGACAUCUACUCUGAAUUUCAUAAGCACUAUGCCAUGAUUCCCACCUCGCUCUCCAUUUCCCUGUCAAAGCCAUAUAUGACAGUCAGCAGCGAGUUCCCCGUGGCCAGGCUCUGCAGAAGCAAAUAUCUGAAGACUCCAGAAGGAGGCAGAAGUGCUCAGCCAGUUCUUGAGCCCAUCUGGAAAACAGCAGGUGAACACAAAAAAGGUGUCUGCUCACCUCCUGUGUUGGAGAAGCAGAUAGUUACCAAAGAUGUCACUAAUAAGCCCCUAGACUUGUCUUCUGAAGUGGUGGAUGUAGAUGCUUCCACAGCUGACCACAUGAAAAAGAUGGCUCCCAAGGUCCUGGUUUACAGCAGAACUGGAAGUAGCCACGUGCUCUCCAGAAGUGAGAUUCUGAAAGAAACACUGUCUCCUCCAGGAAACAGCUAUACUGCCUAUAGAUCUGAGAUCAGUAACAUGGCUACCUCAUCCUGGGUGGUGCCUGGACCAAGUUGUAACAAAGAGAACAAUGGCAAAGGCCUGCCACUGAAAAACAAGGCCUUGGACUGGGCCAUCUCGCAACAGCACAGUUCUUCAUGUCUCCAAGUUGGAAACACAGGUGCUGCAGUCACUAACGUUUUGGGGUCAGUGCUGAGCACGGGCCACCCAGCCUUUGUGUUGCCAGUCCCAAAUGCCAGUGCAGAUGGCAGCAAGACUAGCAGGAGCAGACUCUCAACCACUGCGCCACCAGGGAGGCCCUCAAUGGCAUGUUUUAAUCAACACAUGGACCAGCCCCUGACCACAGCUGCCAAGCAUGGCAGUGGCAUCAGCAGCAAGGGCACCAAAGCCAGCAACCCAGAACCGAGUUUCAAAGCAGAUGAGAAUGGCCUCCCACCAAAUUCAAUAUUUCUAUCUCCAAAUGAGGCGUUCAGGUCCCCACCAAUUUCUUACCCUAGGAGUUACCUCCCUUACCCAGCACCUGAAACCACGCAUCUGAGUCGCAUCUCCUUACAUGGUGAGGGACCUAUCUACCCUCACCCAGUUUUGUUGCCAAACAGUACUCUCUUUCCCGGGCACCUUGCCACAAAGCCUAGAUUGCCCUACAGGGUACCCUUGGUCCAGCCGGAGUUUAUGACCAACCAAGAUGUGUUGGACAUGGUGCAGCCCAUUAUGUCCACUAAAGAAGAGAAACCAGAGAAGUUGUCCUGGUCCCACAGCAGAGCCUCCUAUGAGGACUCAACCAUUCAGAAUCAGUUUCUGGAGGUGUUGGAAGCUAACAACACCACGUUACAUCCAGAAGUCUCCACUGACAAGAACCUAAAUGCAAGCCUUAUCUGGAAUCAAGGGAAAACUCUCAUCAGGAGUGACAGUCUUAUCUGUGCAGAUAUUCUCCAGAAAGAGCCAGUUGCGAAAACUGAUGCAGACAUAUCCAAAGUCAGGUUCACGGCUGAGAGUGUUGGCCAGAGUGCUGAGCCCACCAAACCCCCAACUGACCCAGCCCUGCAUCCACGCCAGGAUUUCAUUGCCCUGAAAGAGGAAUUGGGGCAGAUCAGUGACUUUCAGAAAGCCUGUACUUUCAAACAAGCUCCAGGCCAGUCUUUGUUCAUUCAUGCAAUGUUUCGCUUCUCAGAGCUGGAGAUGAAAGAGAGAAAAUGUGGCCACCCUGCAACCAAAGACUCUGAGGUGUGCAAGUUCAGCCCUGCAGACUGGGAAAGGCUGAAAGGAAAUCAGGACAAAAAGCAGAAGAAGGUAACCCUGGAGGCCAUUGACAACCAGAAUGAUAGUAAGAGAUUCAACUAUAGUGCUGGAAACAAACAGCACCCCUUUGAAGCCCCAGAGGAUAGAGAUCUUCCUAUGGAGAAGUGCUUCAUGGACAGGCAGCCUGUAAGUGAGCCACCCUCCAACCAUGUAGCCUUGAACAUGCUGCACAGCCCCACCCUUUGGCUUAACAGAAAGCACAGCAUCUUGAGUGACACCAACCACAUUGAGGGCACUGCAGAAGAGGUGCCAGAAGACUCUUUGCAGAAAGCCAAGAAGAGACGUAUCUCCAAAGGUGAGCUCAUUCAUCUUUGGCUGCCUGCUUAGUGGCCUGAACAGGAGGCCAAAGUUAUUUCUCCAUUAGAUGACUGGCCUGAGAGGGAAAUGUUGGCAUCAGAGAGCAAACCUGCCUGGCAAGGCAGGAAGGAAGUGACCCAGGCUGUUAAACCUGAGGUCAUUGCCCAGGGCAGUGAAAUCUCUGAAGAGAAACCCAGCAGAAAGAGUGCAGAGGCCAAAGGCAACAGAAGCUGGUCGGAGGAGUUCCUCAAAUCCAGUGACAAUGAUCAAGACUUUCCUGUAUUCUCCAGCUCCAUGCCCACGAAGAGGCUUUUAUCUACCAUUGUGGGCAAUCAAAUGCAGACCCAGCCAAGCUGCAUAUCAGGCUUGAUGAUGCAUAUCAAACAGCAGAGAAUUAAACAAAGCCAUAAGCCAGAUGUACUGUACAGAGAUGAUCACGAGGAUUGCCAGGGUGCCAUGCUGCUGCAGAAAUACACUAAUGACACUGAGAAAACAUCUGGGAAGAGACUGUGCAAAACCAAGCAUUUGAUUCCUCAGGGGCCCAGGCAGUGCACCUCACUGAAAAACGACAGUGCAGAUAGCAAGGUGAACAUCCAGAGAUUCCAAAAUGAGCCUGAGCUCACUUCUAACUGUGAAUGGUCACCAGCCAAGCAGGACCAGAAGUGCUUCAAUGGUUCUCAGCAAUUGCUGCCAGCUUCACAGACCUCACAGCUGCUAUACUCAGGGUCAUCUCCACAGACAACCCAGUGUCACCCUUUGCACCCAAAAGCACAGAGACUUACUGUCAAUAAGAAUACUGGAGAGACCCUCCUGCAGCGGGCUGCCCGACUUGGCUAUGAGAAAUUGGUCUUGCACUGCCUGGAAAACAAGAUUUGUGACGUUAAUCAUCAGGACAAUGCAGGUUACUGUGCCCUACAUGAAGCUUGUGCAGAAGGGUGGCUCCAAAUUGCUGAAUAUCUUCUUAAAUAUGGUGCUGACGUCAACUGCAGUGCCCAGGAUGGAACCAGGCCUCUUCAUGAUGCAGUUGGGGGGGAUUUCUUGGAGAUUGUUCGCCUGCUUCUCUCCUAUGGUGCUGACCCCACUUUGGCUACAUAUUCCGGUAGAACCAUCAUGUGUAUGACUCGCAGCAAACUUAUGGAAAUGUUUCUGGCAGAUUAUUUAAAGAACUUACAGGGUCACAAUGAUGAUGAACCUGGUGGCCUUUGGGAGUUUUAUGGAAGCUUUGUAUGUGAACCAGAUAAAAAGGAUGGAUUUAAUGUUUUGACAAAUCCUCCAGGACCAGAGGAUGAGGAUGAUGAUAAGGCUUCCAGCGAUGUGUUUGAAUUUGAAUUUUCAGAUAGUCCUCUCUUACCUUGUUAUAACAUCCAAGUGUCUGUUGCUCAGAGGCCACGAAACUGGUUAUUGCUUUCAGAUGUGCUUAAAAAAUUGAAAAUGUCCUCCUGUGUAUUCCACUGCAAUUUUCCCAAUAUUGAAAUUGUCACAGUUGCAGAGGCAGAGUUUUACAGGCAGGUUUCUGCAAGUCUCUUGUUCUCUUGCCCCAAAGACCUGGAAGCCUUUAAUCCUGAAAGCAAAGAGCUACUAGAUUUGGUUGAAUUAACAAAUGAACUUCAGACUCUGCUCAGCUCCUCUAUGGAGUGGUUAAAUCCCAGUGAUGUAGCCCUGGAAGACCAAUGA